GGGAGCCGAGCGCGAGAGGGAGGCGAGCGGCGAGACACAGGCUCCGAGGCUCCAGCGAGCGAGCGAGCGAGCGAGCGACGAGCGAGCCCGGGAGGGAGGGAGGGAGGGAGCGAGGGAGCGAGCAGCCGCGCCGCCGCCUCGCAAUCCGCCGCCAUCCCGCCGCCUCCGCGCCCGACCGCCGCCCGACCGCCAUCGCCCGGCCCAGUCGCGCCCGCGGAACCAGACCAGGCAGAUCGGGAGCGGUGCCGAGAAAAAUUUCCUUACUAGAUGACAUUUCAUCGCAAUGUCCGAUCGUUUGGGGCAAAUAACCAAGGGCAAGGAUGGGAAAAGCAAGUAUUCGACUCUCAGCCUGUUUGAUAAGUAUAAAGGAAAAUCAGUAGACGCGGUCAGAUCCUCAGUUAUUCCUCGACAUGGCUUACAGAGUCUCGGGAAAGUUGCCACAGCCCGGCGUAUGCCGCCCCCUGCAAACCUGCCAAGCUUGAAGUCUGAAAACAGAGGAAACGACCCCAACAUCGUUAUCGUUCCCAAGGACGGAACGGGAUGGGCAAACAAGCAGGACCAGCAAGACCCAAAGAGUUCCAGUGCGACGGGCUCUCAGCCGCCGGAGUCGCUGCCGCAGCCGGGUUUGCAGAGGCCUGUCUCCAGCUUACAGAAGCCGACACAGUCGAGCAGCCAGGAGAGCACAAAUUCAGUGCCAGGUGGACCAAAGUCAUGGGCACAGCUGAAUGGAAAGCCAGCAGGACACGAAGGUGGUUUAAGGGGCUCAAGCCGACUGUUAUCCUUCUCUCCCGAGGAAUUUCCGACGCUGAAAGCAGCUGGAGGGCAGGACAAGGCUGGCAAAGAAAGGGGCGUCUUAGAUCUGUCGUAUGGGCCAGGACCAAGCCUCCGCCCUCAGAAUGUGACAAGCUGGAGGGAGGGCGGUGGGCGAAACAUAAUUUCUGCCACGUCUCUGAGCGCCUCCCCGACUGAGCUGGGCAGCAGGAACUCGAGUGCGGGAGACGGAGCCCCCUCCUCGGCAUGUACCAGCGAUUCUAAGGACCCCUCUCUCCGCCCGGCUCAGCCUGUCCGCAAAGGGGCUUCACAGUUCAUGGGAAAUGUAUACCACCCACCUACAUACCAUGACAUGCUUCCUGCUUUUAUGUGUUCGCCACAGUCAUCAGAGAACCAGGGUACCGUGGAACGAGGACCUUUCCCCCUCCCCCAGCUCCGUCUUGAGCCCCGUGUCCCUUUUAGACAGUUCCAGAUGAAUGACCAAGAUGGAAAAGAAAGCAGGCUGGGAACGACUCGGCCCAUCCGCCCGCUGAGGCAGCUGGUGGGACGGGCGCCGCGGCCCACGAUCAUCAACGCGGAAAACCUGAAGGGCCUGGACGACCUGGACGCCGACGCCGACGACGGCUGGGCAGGUCUUCAUGAGGAAGUGGACUACUCCGAGAAACUGAAGUUCAGUGAUGAUGAAGAGGAGGAGGAAGUUGGGAAGGACGGCAGGCCCAAGCGGAACAGUUGGGACCCCCGGCGGCAGCGGCAGUUGUCGAUGAGCUCCGCGGACAGUGCUGAUGCUAAACGUCCCCAAGAGGAAGGAAAGGACUGGGGUGAAGCAGUGGGUGUGGCCCGUGUUGUCCGCAAAGUGCCAGAACCUCAGCCACCUUCUAGGAAGCUUCACAGCUGGGCAUCUGGCCCAGACUACCAGAAGUCCUCGCUGGGCAGCGUGUUCCGGCAACAGUCUGUCGAGGACAAAGAGGACAAGCCACCUCCACGGCAGAAGUUUGUGCAGUCAGAGAUGUCCGAGGCCGUGGAACGAGCCCGAAAGCGCCGGGAGGAGGAGGAGCGCCGAGCACGGGAGGAGAGGCUGGCUGCCUGUGCCGCCAAGCUCAAGCAGCUGGACCAGAAGCGUAAGCAGGCUCAGAAGGCGGGCGAGGCCCCGAAACCGGUGGAGAAGGAAGCGCCCCGAUCUCCAGGCACCGAGAAGGUGCCCCCACAGGAGAAUGGCCCUGCUGUCCGCAAAGGCUCCCCUGAGUUUCCCGCUCAGGGAACCCCCAACACGUUUUCAGAAGAAGCCCCCGCGGCUCCUCCGGCUGUGGCUCAGAGCGGCGGCAGUGAGGAGGGCGCCAGGGAGGCUGGGUCCCCCGCACAGGAGUUCGGCAAGUACCAGAAGUCUCUUCCUCCCAGAUUCCAGCGCCAGCAGCAGCAGCAACAGCAGGAGCAGCUGUAUAAGAUGCAGCACUGGCAGCCCGUGUACCCCCCACCUUCCCACCCACAGCGCACUUUCUACCCCCACCACCCCCAAAUGCUGGGCUUCGAUCCCAGGUGGAUGAUGAUGCCUUCCUACAUGGACCCACGGAUCCCGCCCACUCGGGCCCCAGUGGAUUUCUACCCGUCCGCCCUCCAUCCCUCGGGACUCAUGAAACCCAUGAUGCCCCAAGACUCCCUCGGUGGGACUGGCUGUCGCUCUGAGGACCAGAACUGCGUGCCCCCGCUGCAAGAAAGGAAAGUGGCCGCCCUCGAUCCGGCCCCCGUGUGGAGCCCAGAGGGCUACAUGGCGUUGCAGAGCAAAGGCUACUCGCUUCCGCAGCCGAAAUCAGACGACGCUUUGGCCGUGGACAUGCAUGUCAGGAAUGAAAGCUCUUACUCUGCCCCCCACGGAAGGUCAGGGGGUGUAGGUGCCCGGCGCGAUCUCCUUGAGGAGAGAGGGGAGGAGUUCUUGAGUGCUUUUGACAAGAAGGCCCCAGCAGACUUUGACAGCUGUGUCUCUUCUCAAAGAAUAGGCCAGGAGCUUUUGUUUCCACCCCAAGAAAAUGUUCAGGAAGCGGGUGCUCCUGGGGGUCACAGCCCAGACCUCAGGUGUUCCCCACUGGAGCCCGACUUUGCCCCAGCGGAGAAAAAGCCAGAGUAUAGCAGUUGGGACGUUAGCCACCCGCCAGAGUCCACGGACACGGCCAGCGGCAUCGAGAAGGGGACACCCCGGGAGGAGCCACCCUUUAACGUCUCCUCCUGGGAGAAGGACGGGAGCCCCAACAAACAGCCGUCCCUGGAGCCCGAGUGGACUGCUGAGCCCCGGGGCGCCGGCAGCCAGCACCAGGAGCAGACCAGCAGGACGCGGAGGUCGGGACCCAUCAAGAAGCCCGUCCUGAAAGCCCUCAAGGUGGAGGACAAGGAGAAGGAACUGGAGAAGAUUAAGCAGGAGCUGGGGGAGGAGAGCGCCCGCGUGGCCAAGGAGAAGGGGCUGGCUCGCAAGGCGGAGAAGGACGAGGAUGAAGAGAACGACCCCGCGCUGGCCAACUCCUCCCCCUCCCCCUUGGAGGACCAGGGCCCUGCCCGUGCUAGUGUGGGCCGCGAGGCCAGCAGGUGUGACGAGGACGAGAAGCCGGCCAGGGCCUGGGAGGGCAGACCCUCCCGGGAGUCCAGUGACACGCCCGCGACAAAGAGGAACAAUUGGAUCUUUAUCGACGAGGAGCAAGCUUUCGGGGGCCGAGGGCAGGCCCGGGGCCGCGGCCGUGGCUUCCGAGAGUUCACCUUCCGAGGGCGGCCGGCGGGCGGUGGCCCAGGCCUCUGCGGUGGGGGGGUGCUCGGGGCGCGGGGCGUCUACGGCGGCGGCCAGAGGAGUGGCCGCGGCCGGGGGCUGCGGGACUUUGGCCAGCCGGAGGACUUCCCCAGGGCCAAGCCGCGACGGCGCAUCGCCAGCGAGACGCACAGCGAGGGCUCUGAGUACGAAGAGCUUCCCAAGCGGCGGCGGCAGCGAGGCUCGGAGAACGGGAGCGAGGGCUCGCUCCUGGAGCGGGAGGGCAGCACCCUGAGGAGGGGCGACUUCAGGGACUCCUGGCGCUCCACCAAGGCAUGCUCCGAGGACCACGGCGGCCCGGAGGCCAAGAGCCGAGGCCCUCGCGCCUUCGGCCGGGCGCUCCCUCCCCGGCUGAGCAGCUGCGGCUACGGCCGGAGAACCUUUGUGUCCAAAGAGGCCGCCCACUGGCAGAGCAAGGGCCCGGGAGCCUCCUGGCAGGAGUACAGCUCCCCAGACACGUGCGGGUCCCGGCGACCCGCAGACAGAGACUGUGUCCCUGACGCCUACAGACAUUCUGACUCGCUUGGCGCCAGGGCCUUCGAGGACGGCCGCCUGGAGGACAAGAGGCCCUUCUUCCCCGAUGACCAUGCGGCCGACUCGGAAGGCGCCGAGAACCGGCCCUUCCGGAGAAGGCGCCCCCCGCGUCAGGACAAGCCCCCUCGCUUCCGGCGCCUCCGGCAGGAGCGGGAGUCCCUGGGCCUGUGGGGGCCGGAGGAGGAGCCGCACCUCUUGGCGGGGCCGUGGCCGGGCCGGCCCAAGCUCUGCCCCGGGGACAAGAGCGGGUCCCCCGAGCUCUCGUACCAGAACUCGUCCGAUCACGCCAACGAGGAGUGGGAGACGGCUUCCGAGAGCAGUGACUUCAGCGAGCGGCGGGAGCGGCGCGAGGGCCCGGGGGCCGAGCCCGACCCGCAGGCGGACGGCAGCCUGCCCGGGGCCGCCGCGGGUGAGAAGAAGGAGCUGGCCAAGAGGAGCUUCUCCAGCCAGAGGCCCCUGGCCGACAGGCAGAGCCGAAAGCUGGAGCCGGGGGGGUUUGGGGACAAGUCCAUUAGGCCAGGUGGUGGUGACGCCUCUCCCCGUUAUGACAGCCAACAGAAUGGGACGCCUUUGAAAGCCAAAAGGUCCCCAGAUGAGGCCUUGCCCGCGGGUCUCGGUUGCAGCAGUGGGAGCGGCCACUACGUGCUGGAGCGGGUGGCCCACGGUGCCUCUGACAUCCCCGAGGCCUCCUGUGAGACGGCGGAGGAGGCGGCCAAGCUGGUUGCUCAGAGGGCGGGCGAACAGGGAGAGACCAUGAAACAGUUUGACCUGAACUAUGGAAAUUCCAUCAUUGAAAACUGCGGAUCCAGCCCUGGGGAGGAGAGUGAGGUGGGCCCCAUGGCGGGCGAAGGCUUCAUUGAGGUCCUGACCAAGAAGCAGCGCCGUCUGCUGGAAGAAGAGAGGAGGAAGAAGGAGCAGGCCGUGCAGGUGCCUGUCAAGGGUCGAGGUCUUUCCUCCCGUAUUCCUCCUCGGUUUGCUAAAAAGCAGAACAACUUGUGCCUGGAGCAGGGUGAUGUGACCAUGCCUGGCAGCAGCCUGGGCACGGAGAUCUGGGAGAGCAGCGGCCAGGCCCUCCCCGUCCAGGCCCCGGCCAGCGACUCCUGGACUAAAGCCGCAACUGCCUUCAACAGCGCCGAGCCUGGCUCCGCCGAGCAGGGUUUUAAGAGCAGCCAGGGGGAUAGCGGCGUCGACCUGAGCGCCGAGUCUCGGGAGUCGUCUGCAACAUCCUCCCAGCGCAGCUCCCCGUAUGGCACUCUGAAGCCGGAGGACAUGAACGGGCCUGGCCUGGAGCCCAAGGCUGACGGCCACAAGGAGCAGGCCCAGAAGCAGCCCGAGCCAAAGGACUCGGAUCAAGGCUCAGGACAGAGCAAGGAGCACAGACCGGGACCCAUUGGCAAUGAGCGCUCUCUGAAAAACAGGAAGGGCUCAGAGGGGGCCGAGCGGCUGCAGGGAGCCGUCGUCCCGCCCGUUAACGGAGUGGAGAUUCACGUGGACUCUGUGCUGCCGGUGCCGCCCAUUGAAUUUGGAGUCAAUCCAAAAGACUCGGAUUUCAGCUUGCCACCUGGCUCUGCCUCUGGGCCCGCAGGGAAUCCGGUCGUCAAACUUCAGGAUGCCUUGGCCAGUAACGCUGGGUUAACACAAAGUAUUCCCAUCCUCCGGCGUGAUCAUCACAUCCAGAGGGCCAUCGGCCUCUCCCAAAUGUCCUUCCCCACCGCCGACCUCACCCUGAAGAUGGAGUCCGCACGCAAGGCUUGGGAAAAUUCACCCAGUUUGCCAGAGCAGAGCUCCCCGGGAGGCGCGGGCUCGGGAAUCCAGCCCCCGUCCUCUGUGGGCGCCUCCAACGGCGUCAGCUACAGCUCGUUCGGCGGAGUUUCCAUGCCGCCCAUGCCCGUGGCCUCCGUAGCACCCUCUGCUUCUCUUCCAGGCAGCCACUUGCCACCUCUGUACCUGGACGGCCACGUGUUUGCAGGUCAGCCUCGGCUGGUUCCUCAGACGAUACCUCAGCAGCAGAGUUACCAGCAGGCUGCCGCUGCCCAGCAGAUCCCGAUUUCCCUUCACACGUCUCUGCAGGCUCAGGCCCAGCUUGGACUGAGGGGCGGGCUCCCCGUCUCCCAGUCUCAGGAGAUCUUCAGCUCCUUACAGCCCUUCAGAUCUCAGGUGUACAUGCACCCCAGCCUGUCACCGCCCAGCACCAUGAUCCUCUCUGGAGGCACGGCCCUGAAGCCUCCCUACUCGGCCUUCCCAGGCAUGCAGCCCUUGGAGAUGGUGAAGCCCCAGUCCGGCUCCCCCUACCAGCCCAUGAGCGGAAACCAAGCCCUGGUCUACGAGGGCCAGCUCGGCCAGGCUGCUGGCCUGGGUGCCUCGCAGCUGUUGGACUCCCAGCUUCCACAGCAGCUGACGAUGCCGCUGCCUGGCUCCCAGCUGCCUCUGCCUCGGUACGGCUCCGGGCAGCAGCCCCUGAUUCUGCCACAGUCCAUCCAGCUGCCACAGGGGCAGAGCCUCUCCGUCGGGGCUCCCCGACGAAUCCUUCCACCUGGGUCCCAGCCUUCGGUCCUUAACACCAGCAGAGAGUCCUCUCAGAUGGAGAUGAAGGGCUUCCACUUUGCCGACAGUAAACAGAAUGUUCCUUCAGGAGGCUCCGUGCCAUCACCGCAGACUUACAGGCCUAGCUCUGCUAGCCCCAGUGGGAAGCCCUCUGGAUCAGCAGUUAACAUGGGCUCUGUGCAGGGACACUACGUUCAACAGGCCAAACAACGAGUGGAUGAAAAACCCAGCUUGGGAGCUGUGAAACUUCAGGAGGCCCCCUCGGCCGCCUCCCAGAUGAAGAGAACCGGAGCAAUCAAGCCUCGGGCGGUCAAAGUGGAGGAGAGCAAGGCCUGAAGGUGCUUGGCCACGCCUCGCCCCCCGCCUUGAGGACAGGGCCCCCGCUUGGCCUUGACAUCUCACCAGAUCCAUCGUCCAACCACCUGGCCCGGACUGAGAGACCUCCCUUCUCUUCUCCACUCCUGAGAGCUCCAUCGUCCAACCGGCUUGCCCCGUGGAUACGUGACAUUGACCUGCUCGCUUUAAUAUGAAACAAGCAAGCAAGCAAACGACCCCGACCCCAUGUCGUCCCCGCCUCCUUUCCACCGUGACUGUGGAGUGACUCCCACCUUUGUGCAGUACAGAUGAGCUCGCCCCACCCCCACCCCGCUCCGCCGCUGGGUCCCCAGCCUUCCCGGCCCCAGGCACAGUGGUUUGUCAGCAGGGCCAUUGUAGUUGGAGGCUUUUUGUUGUAAAAAGCGGCUGAAGUUUUUACAAAGGCGGAAGGAAAAGAAAAACAAAAACACAAGCUAUGUCUGCGUAGCUGAACUUUUCUACUUUGCCGUCCUCUCCCUCACCUCCUCCUGUUCCGGUCCUACCCUUAACCGCGUCUGCCGCUCCGCUGGUCCGUCGCUGCGAUCCCUUAACACCUGACGCAGGCGGGCGCCCCCCACCCCCUGUGCUUCCUCCGUCGGUGAAUCGGUGCAUCGGUGCCGGGCCGUGCCAGGGGCGGCUGCCUGCUUGGGAGCAGCGAGCGAGACAGGGGAGGUGGGUCGGUGUCACGGCUGGAUUCUCGCCCCUGGCCUGAGGACCCCUGGAGUGUAGGGACAGCCCAGUGAAGCUGAUGACGAUUUUAGCGUAGGAAUUACACAGAGUUUCUGUCCUGGACCCUUCUACGGCCGGUGGACAUGCUGACCCCUGGGCACCUGAGGUAAACCACGGAGAUACACAGUCACCGGCGUUUUCCGGUGUGACCCGGACGGUGCGAGCUGACCGCACCGCGGGCCCCGCGGCGCCUCCGCGUCUAGGGCUCUAGCACCUGGGGGCUGCUGUCUGACCCGCACGCCCUUCUCGAAGCCUUCCGUGACAUGCCCUCCUCUUUUCUUCCUGAGCCUGUCUCUUGUCUGGAUCUUCCUGUCCUGCCAUCUUUCACCCAGCUCGUCCCUGGAGAUCGUGAGGCCCCUUCUCGUGGGGACAGGGGCGCACGGACGGUUGUCUGACUGGGUCUGCGGCAGAGGCGUGUGGCGUGCAAGGCUGCUGGGAGGGAUCCCUUUCUUUUUUCUCUUUCUUUCUUUUUUUUUUUUUGGCUCCCACUGGCAGACCCGGGUUGUUGGGACAGAGGCACCGGAGCUGGGCAGUGGGUGUCCGUCUCUGCAGACGACUGGGGCAGGGUCCCGGGGCACGGAGGGUUGAGGGUCUGACCCUUGUUCCUCAGCAGCCUGGGGGCGGCCUCGGGGGAAAACGACAGCCUCUUAAGUCUGCAGCGAUGCCUCUGGCAAACUGUUUGUGUGAGCCAUUUUAUGCUGGUUUUUUGUUGUUUCUUCUUAAAAUAAGAACUAGAAGGAAAUCGUCCCAGGUUUUGUCAUUCCAGGGAGAGGGGAAGGGAAAUGUCAAGUAAUGCACGUGCUCUGCAGAGCAUCUAACCAGCCAGCCCGCUGGCGGCUCCUGGGAGGAUCUGGCUCAGAGGACAAGCAGCCGGUGAGUGGGGACGUGCCCCGCAGAGUCCACCCUGAGUGCCACCACAGACGUGUAACACCCUGUGGCUCUGAGCUGUAUGUUCAGUGCAGAACCGGGUAGGGCAGGGCCUCAGGAACUGUGCACGCGACUCCCUGUCCCCGUUCCCUGCUCUAAGGAAGCGGGGGCACGUCCUGCCCGCAAGGGUGCCGGGCGUCUGCGGGGCUCACCCGGAGAGGGCCGGCUUUCCCGAAAGCCGCCCCGUUGCUUAGUCUGCAGCUUGCCGCGCUCCCCCUCCUGCCUCCACCCUCAGACCUCGCUUACCAGCUGGUCACCUUCAUGCCUGAAGCUUAGCUUACUCUGAGGUCCAUUCUCGAAGGGCCGCUCACUCGAGGAGUUGCCCGCACUCAACCGCCCCCGUGUGCGCACCUGCUCUUUCUCUCCCCUGCAAGUGUGUGACUGCUGUCCCCGUGACCAGCCGCCCUGCCGACAGCUCCCCUCUGCCACCACCUGGCCCCGCAGGAGCCACCCUCGCUCACCUGUACACUUAGAAACACGGCCACACCCUCACACCUAAUUCCGGUGCACGUUGUAUGUCAAAAGGAAAAAAAGGCUUUCUCGUUUUGAAAUUCAAAGAACAGUCGUGGAUGCUGUUACACACUCAAGACGUACCCUGCAGGCAAACCUGCCGUCAGGGUGACAGUCCUCCCUGUUUUGAGAAAAAAUAAAAACAAGGUCACCUGUUCUCCAGCCCUUCUCUCUACCCUUGUAUUUUCUCUCCUCCCCCUCCCCAAUAAAAAAAAAAACAAAAACAAAACACUAGAAUUUAUUUAUAUGUAUUGAUGUUGUAGGUCUAGGUGAAAACCAGUAAAUGUUUCACUGCUCUA